GCGGUCGUUUUGGUAGUAGUGGAUUCCGCUAUUCUGUAGUGAGGGACUUAAGCCUUUCCCCCAGUGGAAUCUAUCGACUAGGAGUGAAGAUUAUGUAACUGUCCUGUUCUACGCAGUGGUAUACUUCUCUGGUGCAAUACUUAAUUUGAUUCUUUUUUUUAACUUUAAUUAACAAAAUGGAUACAAUGUUAAAAUCAAAGAAGAGGAUGGUUAGAGGACCCAAGCCGGGAAAGUCCGGGAUUGUGUCAGACAAUUAUUCGGUAGCCUCGGAUAGACUCAUACAUCACGAGGGAAUACGAAUAGAAAACACAUAUCAACUAGAACCAGAUGAAGGUAAAAGAUUCAAAAGUUUUAUAGUGGAAGAAGAAAUGAGACGAAUUCUACGUACGACACUUGAAUCUCAAAAUUAUAAAGACUGUAUGGGAAGUUCUCUAACGACAGAACUGGCCAACGACAUCAGACGAGCGAUCCAGGAGCUGGGGUGGCCCCGGUAUAAGUACGUGGUGCAGGUGGUGCUGGGUCAGGAUAAGAACCAGGCGGUCCAGAUGGGGAGCAGGUGCUUGUGGGAUCAGCACAGUGACAGCUUCGCCUGUGCCUCCUACAGCAAUAAAACUAUCUUUGCCGUAGCAGCUUGUUUCGGGGUAUAUUUUGAUUGAUAUUACAGGAUGUUAGAUAAAUAAUGGUUUUUAUGGAUGUGAAAAGAUGUUAA